UAAUGAAAAAUGUUUAGUGGCAUUUUGUGGUACUUUAUUGUGAAUUGAUAAUUUUGCCAAGUAGUAGCCACAGUGAUUCAGAUGGUUAGUUUAACCUCCUAAGAACCAAAAUAGUUUAUUAAAAUGGUAACACCAUCUCCUCAAGACCCUGCUAUUUAAAAAAAAAGCCAAGUUUUUGCAGCGUUUUGGAGAGCGAGGCUGUGCCUGGAGCUGAAGAAAUGCGAGCACAGCCGUGCACUCGUGUCCGUGUUCGUCUCGCAGUGAGCAUGCAGGCGAUGCGUGUACGCGCCUGGCGGGUGGGUCUCCGACCCGGGUGCCACCUUGUCGGACCUGCAGACUUCACGACCGAGGGGGACCCCGCCGUUCCCCGAGCUGCGUCGCGAGGCCCGGCUGGCCCAGGAAAUCCCAACAGCGGUUCUCCAGGAAGCAAAUCUAGAUUAAUCCAUCUACGCACACAUUAAGUCAAAUAAACCGUUUUGAUUUCAUGAACUGGUCACGCUAGGUGACUGAAUUUGGCGUUUAUGGUGGUUGUGUAGGGGAGCGCUGCUUUGAAGCCAGUGGUGGGAGGAGGAAGGACCCAGAUGUGGCGUCUAUGCAGCCUGGAUUCAAAUCCAGGCCUCCCCCCGCAUAACCAUCCUUUCUGUGCUCAACUACGCCAGGAAAUUCAAGGCCUGGGCCCGGACCACCCCACGCCGCCGCCUCUCAGCCCAGACCCCGCGAUCCGGGCGACUCUGAGCCCAGGCGAUGGGGGCCCGUUGCCCCUGCUGAGCCCCGUCCUGAGCGACGCCAGAGGGGCCGGGACCCCCAAAGAGGAGGAGACAGAGCGCCAGGUGGGCUGCCCCAGCGACCCUCCCGGGACCCCCUUCCUGAGACCCGGGGUUGCUGCUCGGGGUCCUUUGGGCCAAGACAAAGUUACUUGAGUUCAGUCGCCGGUGGCUCACCUCGUGGGGAUGGGCCCUGGGGAGCCGCGGCCCCAGGGAGAAGGGGGGAGGACACAAG